AUCCACUUUCAAAUUCUGCUUCACAGGCUGUCGAGAACAUUCCAAAGCAACGGGGCGCUAUAACUCCUUUUAAAGGGGCCGCCAUGUCGGGCAACAUCGCCCUCUGCUGUCGACUGAAAUCAACGUCACGAGCGCCCUCUCGCUUGCGUUUGGAACUUCAGGUGAAGGAAGCGGGCUCCCCCCCCGUAGCAGAACUUCAGCUUGACGACGGGAUGGUUUGAACAAUUUUCGAGCAAGUUUGGGUUCCGAGUACUUCUUAUUCGCGAUGUUUGGCCCAAAAUAUCGGCAGGCGGCUCGUCUCGCCGGAGCCUGAAAGCAAUUAAAGAGCUUCACUUUGAUGAGCUCCGUGUCCUCCGCGUCCAAAAGGCGUCUGUCGACCUUUGCCUCGGAAAUGUGAAACAGCCACUCGAUGCGUUCACCUUUUGCCCGACACGUGAUAGUUGAGGUUUUCUGAAGCCGCUCUGCGGCGGCUGUUGCCUGGCAACCGCCGCCGCCUCAGGGGAGGAUAGUAGGUACAAAGCCAACAGGGAGGACAAGAAAAACGAUGGGAAUCGGAAUCAAGGGAGAAAUCACAAAAUGAGGUACGCCUAACAACGUUCGAGACCCGGCUUGAACGAAAGGGAGCGAAGGAAAACGUUCAAGUCGUCCUGAUUUUUUUUGUUCAUUCUGAAACCGCAAUCAUAGACCGCAAACUUUUCCCAAAUAUAUUUGUUCCUCACGGAUGUCACAGCUUUUGUGGGAUCUUUUGUCGUAGUUGCUGGUAUGCAGUGCGUGAGUGCGCGACAAAGCGCACACACACACACACACUCACACUCACACACAGGAACGGACUGAUGCUGAAGGAUAAAGACGUGCAGCUGAGAUCUAUCAGCUGCGAGGCGGGUGAGGAUGCUGUGUGCUGACACACACACACACAAACACGCACGCACGUUCAUGUAGCAAUCUCAGUGCGAGUUCCAUUCCCAUCACGGUGUGUUUUUCCCCACCCGUUUGAGCUCUUUGUGUUGCUGCACCCAUCUCGCCAUAGAUGAGAGCCAGCAGGAGGCAUUUCCCAUUUAAAAAAACAAACAAACAAAAAAACAACACUUUUUUUUAAUUUUAUUUAUUUUUUUCUUCUUCUUUCUUCCCCCUGUGUGCGCUUUGUGCACAAGGUACAAGGCAGUCACGGUCUCCAUGCAGGGAGCGGAUGAAGUGAUGGAGGAGAGCUGAAGGUCGCGGUGCUAAAAAGGGGUUAACGCGCCAUCCAAACGUCAAUCUUUUGAGGGCCUCCUGGUGCGGCAGAACUCACUUCGUCCACAUGAGGGCAGUAGAAUCCCUCGAUUUGCGAGCUAUCGCCAUGUGACCCGGAGCGGGUUCAUCCCGCGCCACUCGUGGUUCCGAACUUGGAGAUGGCGAGUCCGUGGAGUGUGAAUGGAUUGUGUGUCGUGCUGGUGUUCGUACUGGAUUUACUGGGAACCACGGCCAGCAAUAUGGAGCCCAUCUACUGGAAUUCUCUCAACGAGAGGUUUCGAGACGAUAAGGGCUACGUCCUUUACCCUCAGAUCGGCGACCGGCUGGACCUGAUCUGCCCUCCGCUGGACACGGCGCGCUCCACGCCCGAGUACGAGUUCUACAAGCUGUACCUGGUGUCGUCGCGGGAACAGGCGGACCGCUGCGAGGUGACGGGGCCGCCCAACAUCGUGCUGACGUGCGACGAGCCCACGCGGGAACGCCGCUUCACCAUCAAGUUCCAGGAGUUCUCGCCCAACCUGUGGGGCCACGAGUUCAAAAGCAUGCACGACUACUACAUCAUCGCUACAUCAGAUGGGACGCGCCAAGGUCUGGACAGCAUGAGGGGAGGAGUUUGUGCCACGCAGGGCAUGAAGGUGGUCCUGAAAGUGGGGCAGAGUCCAUACGGGCUUCCCCCCAAAAAGGAGCCAGCGGGACGUUCCACCAACAGGAACUCAGGGAACUCAACCCAUUCGAGAGGACCGAACACCUUCGGAGGAGCCGAAGGCGGCGGGGAGAACGGGCCGCUGCAGCCGUCCAACAUCGCCCUGAUUGCGGGCGCGGCCGGAGGUUCCGCUUUCCUGCUGCUGGUCACCGCCGUCAUCUGCGUGGUGUGCUACAGGCGGCGGCACGCCAAGCACUCGGACACCCACCACCCUCCGCUGUCGCUGUCGUCGCUCACCAGCCCCAAGCGAGGCGCCGGCGUGGGCGGCGUGGGCAGCUCCAACAACAACGGCUCCGAGCCCAGCGACAUCAUCAUCCCUCUGAGAACGUCGGACUCCGCCUACUGCCCGCACUACGAGAAGGUGAGCGGCGACUACGGACACCCCGUCUACAUUGUGCAGGAAAUGCCGCCGCAGAGCCCGGCCAACAUCUACUACAAAGUAUGAGAACUGGACUUUCCGGCCGUAGACCCCCCAGAAUCACUCCGAGCCCCGCCCCAGGAAGUCCCAAUGCCUCCCACCGCCCCCUCCCUCCGCCCGCCCCCCCUCACCUUUCUCCCCCUCUCACCUGCCACAAAAAUCCAACCACCGUCACACUUCAAGUGUGCGUGAAGGUUCGCCAGCCCACCGGGACACAGCCGGAACCUCUUCGAGGUGCAAUUCCCAGAAUGCACCUGGAAGUGCGUGACUGUGGUUUUUUGGACCUUCUCAGAGCAAAGGACUAUAUUUAAAAAAAAAAAAAAAAAAAAAAAAACACUAAAAAAAAAAAAAUCAAUCAAUAAAAAGCCCAGACAGUGCUGAGGAACUCCCAGUCGCCAUACCUGCCUAGAACCCAGCAGCCCGCCCCUUCACAGUGCCAUCAGCCAAUCAGAGACUGGGCCCCCUUCUUUGCCGCCGACAGCUUUGGGAUUUCUCAGAGCAAAUAAAGAGGAGCGGCCUCUUGGACUCGGCCAAUCAGAAAAGCCAGGGUGGAGGUCAGCUGACCGGACCCGGGGCCCGAGAAGGUCUCUGAGCAGUCUUGCCGCGCUGACACUCAGACUCUUGUAUAUUUUAAUAAGGCGUGUGUGCGAAUGUGUAUAUGUGUGUGUGUGUGAGUGACAAUGGCGUGACUGUGCUCUUUAGACUUGUCUUAAAAAUACCAAAACAAAAUAGUGAGCGGCUAUCACAAAAAAAGAAAAAAUCCAAUCCAGUGAGAUUUUUCUAUGGCUAUCAACACUUAUAGAUUAUAUAUAUAUAUAUAAAUAUCUAGUAAAUAGAUGUUUUUUUUUUAUUUUAUUUUCUAUGAUUUAUGUUCUAUUUGACCAGCUAAAACCACACCUCUGUUGCCAGCCCCUUUUUCUAUUCUUCACAAUUUACCGUGGUACAAUAUGCCUUUUAUAUUCAUUUAAUCCCACUUAAUUUUUUAUUGUUUGUCAACCUGCCCCCCCCCCCCCCCCCCCCACCCCAAGGUGUUUGUAUAUUUUUAUAGCUUCUUGUUUGAUGCGUGUAGUGUUGAAGUAUAGACCUCGUUUGUGGAAGUGUUGAGGUAGAGCCAUAUAUGAUCGCUUUUUGUUUUGUUUUAUUCCAAGAUGUUUUUUUGUUUUUUUCCUUUAUGUGGAAAGAAGAGGGGAUGAGGGCAAGAGAGAGAGAGAGAGAGAGAGGGCAAAGCGAAGGACUCUGAGGAAAUUGCACACGAACGACAAAAGGAGGACUGAUAACGAAGGAUCCGAAUGGACAGGAUGAGGAGGAGCAGCCUCGGCAUCAAAACAAAUUCCGGAGUUGGACUCAUGCAUCUCGAUCACAAACACACACGCACACAAACCGCACAUCGUGUUACAUUAUUUGUGUAUACACUUACACACACGCUUGUUAAUGACUGCUACUCUGAUUGCAUUGAAACACAUACACAAUCCCCCCCCCCCCCCCCCCCAAUUCCCCCGCCCUGAAAAUUAGCAGCAAGCAAAAGCAGCAGAUCACCACUGCAGGUGAUGACCAGUCGCUAGCGUUCAAGAGGCGCUAUUUUGUUCACGUGCUUAGCGGUAAACGUUGUUUUGUGUUGCUCAGACAUGUUUGUGGCUUCUGUGUAAACGGGGAUGGCACACGCACGGCACUUGGGUUCAGGGUGUUAGCGCGCACAUGUUUUGCGGUAAAGUUGUUUUGUGUUGCUCAAACAUUUUGUGGCUUUUGUGUGAAAUUGGUUGACGGUGGCAUACACACACACGCGCGCAAACACACUCCAGCUUUUUUUGUGAUCCUUCCUUAACUGUAUUUUGUAUCAGUAGCUAACAUCAUCUACACGAUGUAUUAAGAUGUGCUUUAAUUGUCACAUUCGCCCAUGAUGGUGAUUAUUAUUUUUUUUUUGUAUCCUGGUUGCUUCUGGCCUAUAUUUGACGGUUUUGAAAUUGAGUUUAAAAAGACGAAACACGGUCGUGUGGGGGGGGGACGCUCUUGGACAAGCCCAAAACUUUUGUUGUUUUUAUGUUCAGUGUUCCCGUCUUUGUCUCUUUCGAACACGCAGAGAGAGUCGCACGCGUGCCCUCCGAGGCCUCGGCGGCAACUUGUGCAUGUACUUGUGUUAUGUACAAAAAAAAGUGGCUGCGACCUCAAUGGUGUGUUUUUUUUUUUUUUUUUGAGAGGGGGGAGGGGGGUGCAGUCCAGCAAGCAUCCUCCCUCGGACUGCCAAGUUUUUCAUGUUUUCCCGUGGAUUUGAACAUCUCACUGUUUGUGUUUGACUUCUGGGUGAGUGCUAGCUGUCAUGGAACCAUGGAGGAAGGGGGGCGGCGGGCAUAACCAUCUGGUAAAAGUGUGUGUGUGUGUUUGUGCCAUGCAGCCCCUCAAAUGUGACGCGUUGUAUUUGGGGCACCUCUGCAUGAGGUGUGCGUGACGCCACCUCCCUCCCACCCCCACCCCCUCCCACCACACACACCUCUGAAGAGAGGAAAAGAUGAGUACAUUCCUGCUUUGGAGACGAAAAAAAAACUGUUGAAUAAUAAAAAAGACAAAACAAAUGUUUAAGCACCACUUUUGAUCGUGAUGUGACAUUCAUUAUUGUGUUAUUGCCUUGUUUCGUGCCGUGGCCGUGCGCAUCAGAGGCUAGCCGAGCCGUGAACAGGUUGUUUUUUGUUUUCCUCUUCUCGGGACUAUAGACUCCCCUCAGCGGGGUUCCUUUUAAGUGUGUCUCUUAAUAGCAUCGCCAUCUCACACACACACACACACACAGACACACACACACACGCAAGCACUCCCUCGAAUGUGAUCAAUAACGUACCAAACCUGGCUUCGUUAGUGUUCCCUGGCAACCUAUUGACAGACCUGAUUUCAUUCUCCGUCAACCCCUUUUGCUUCUCCUUUACCCCCCUGUCCCUCCAUUCGUUGCUACAGCAACCGUUGGCGUCCCUUCAGUGUUUCCUCAUUUGCCACCAGGGUGGGCUUGAGGGUGACCGCUUUGAUCGAUGGCGUGUGCGCGCGUGACAGUUGAUUAGCGGCCUCCUCGCGCGCACGGUCACACAAACAUCUCCCGAUUGUCAGUCGGCACUGACACUUUCACUUUCAAGCUAAGGAAGACGAUGUGGACAACUUCUGUUCCCUAGUUACCUUGGCAACCAGGUGUUUGCAUCCCGCCCGUUUGCCAUAUUUCAUUGACAACCGCUGCAGGAACUUUGACAAAGUUUAACACGGUGCAGCCAUUUUUCUGGAGUGUGCUGCGCCAUGACUCACACCCACCACGAUUUUGGGGUAUUUUCCUCUUAAGUUGAAGUGUGAUUCGCCAUUACACGUCUUAUCUAUUAUACUGUGACGACUUCAGCAAGAAAAGACAGUUUUAAACGUAUUUUUAAAUAAGUAACAGUCGUAUCUCUUGAACGCAACUGGUGUCCCCCAAAUCCAAGGCAAAGAAAUGCAUCCUUGCAAACCACGUGACACCACUUUCGCUCCCGAUUGGCCGAAUGAGUCGGACACAAACCGCUUCAAGAUGUGCCACCUGCGUCGUCGUACUGCAGCGUGACUUGCAAAACACCAAUAAAGCAUUUCGAACGGGGACGACGUUGUUCGAGCGAGCUCGGCUUCAACUAAACCGAAGAGCGCUCACUGGGCCUCAUCAUCAUUUUUAUUUUUUAAAUUGUAUUUUAUUUUUUGUCGGCAACAACCCGUCUGCUGUCACCCUCGCCUGACUGAUGCGACAAAACACACAAGUGGCGAUGGCCGAGUUCCCAGAUGCUCCCCGGACAAAGGCGAGCGGCGGCGCGAAAAAUGAGCAGUUUUAAGCGAAAUCAAUAGCGAGAUGAUUCCCGCCAAAUUAGAAAUGCUCCAGCUGCCGAGGCGAAACGUCAAAAGGCCGCGUCUCGGUCCACUCCGCGCGACAAACGGGAACAAUGCGGUUGCCGUGGUGAUGUCUAAAAGUCAAAAUAAAGUACUUUUGUUGUCA